CUGCAUCUUUAAAAUGUAAGGACUAUCAAUCCUUCACUUGUGCAUCACUAAACUUGAACCCUUUAAACAUCAGUUUCAUCAAUAACCCUUCAUUUCAAUCUCUCCACAAAAACCCUUUUUUUGUUUUGUUUUGUUUUGUUUGAAUGUAAUUUUCAUCUAUAGACCUUCACAUAUAUCCACCAUUGAAAUUGCAACUAUGUCCCAUCUUUCAACACUCCAAAGUUCAUCAGAUUUUCUUAGUACAACCACCAUAAUUGCACUUACCAUCUUCUUUUCACUCCUUUGUGCUUGUAUCAUCAUAGGUCACCUACUUGAAGAGAACCGGUGGGCUAAUGAAUCGAUUACAGCACUUCUUUUGGGAUUGUGUGCUGGAGCUGUGGUGUUGUUGGCGAGUAAAGGCAAUAGUUCAAAGAUUCUAGUGUUCAGUGAGGACUUGUUCUUCCUUUAUUUGCUUCCUCCAAUCAUUUUCAAUGCCGGAUUCCAAGUCAAGAAAAAGCAGUUCUUCAAGAAUUUCACAAUAAUUUUGAUGUUUGGAAUAUUUGGUACAGUGAUUUCAUUCUGCCUCAUAUCAGUAGGUGCCUUUUUGCUGUUCAACAGAAUUGGUGUGACAUCUUUAAAUACUCAAGAUUACUUAGCUGUUGGUGCCAUAUUGUCAGCAACUGAUACUGUGUGUACAUUGCAGGUUCUCAGUCAAGAUGAAACACCCUUCCUUUACAGUGUUAUAUUUGGGGAAGGAGUGGUGAACGAUGCUACUUCUAUCGUGCUUUUCAAUGCAGUUCAAUCACUCGAUUUCAACAAUAUCGAUGCCAUGAUAUCCUUGAAACUGUUGGGGAUUUUUCUUUACCUCUUCUUCACCAGUACCAUUCUUGGUGUAGUAGCGGGUCUUUUAAGUGCUUUUAUCAUAAAAACACUUUACUUUGGAAGGCAUUCGACAGACCGGGAAGUUGCACUCAUGAUGAUCAUGGCUUAUUUGUCAUAUAUGUUGGCUGAGCUACUGAAUCUCAGUGGGAUUUUGACAGUUUUCUUCUGUGGCAUUCUCAUGUCACAUUACACAUGGCAUAACGUUACUCAAAGCUCAAGGAUAACAACAAAGCAUGCAUUUGCAACAAUGUCAUUCAUUGCAGAAACAUUUAUAUUCCUAUAUGUUGGCAUGGAUGCCUUGGACAUUGACAAAUGGAAAGCCAGCAGUGCAAGUGCAGGAACUUUUAUUGCUGUCAGCUCAACACUGUUUGCAUUGGUGUUAGUUGGAAGGGCAGCAUUUGUGUUCCCUCUAGCAAACUUCAUCAAUUGUAUUCGUAGACGAGACGGUUCAAAUAUCGCGUUUCGAAAACAGUUUAUAAUGUGGUGGGCAGGCCUCAUGAGAGGUGCUGUUACUAUUGCACUGUCUUAUAACCAGUUUUCAAAUUCCGAUGAUAAAGAUACCCAAGAUUCAGCAUUGAUGAUCACCUCUACCAUUAUUGUAGUCCUGUUUAGUACAGUGGUUUUUGGUUCCAUAACCAAACCAUUGAUAGAAGCAGUGCUCCUAAGACAUGCAAAACCAAAUGUUUCAGAUGCUACUGAUAUCCCCAGCCUAGAUGACUUGAGAAUUAUGUUCAUUGAAAAUGGGGAACCAAGUGACAUGGGAGAGAAUCAACAAGCCGCAGCAGGCCCUAGGAGGAGUAGUUUGAGGUUGCUAUUGACUCAUCCAACUUGGACAGUUCAUUACUUAUGGAGAAAAUUUGAUGAUAGAUUCAUGAGACCAGUUUUUGGAGGAAGAGGGUUUGUUCCUUUUGUGCCUGGUUCACCCACUGGUGCCUCUGAUGAAGCUUCAAGAACUUGAAGAACAAUCACAUCUAUGUUACUCUGACUCUUUAUAGGUAUGAAGAUAUGACCUUCUAGAGAUCCUCCUAAUACAAGAAGAAAAUACAGAAAAUUGAGCAUACUCAUAUGUGAAGAUACACCAGAGUCCCAGUAACAUAGCUAUGUAGGUAUUAAAAGUUAUUUAUUUAUUUAUUUUAUUUUUUGGUUUGUUGAUGAUGCUAUAGUAAGUGUUUUUCCUAUCCCACUAUCAAAUAUUAUGUUGUUUUUUUUUUUUUUUGUAAAAUAGUGCCAGUGUAGUUACGAAAGCAUCAGCGUACAAGUUUUGUUCAAUUCUAAGAAUAAAUAAUUAUCUUGUGAAAGUCGUGUUAUCCUCUUCUGCUUUGCACACAAGCAAUAGCCAAUAAAGGUAUCAUAGACAAAGACUUGCUAUUAAGAAAAAGUAAAGCAUUUCUGCCAAGUAACAUACAUUUCCUUGCUUCCAAGUAAAGCAUUGCUGAAAUGAGUUAAAACGUUCCCUUUUAUUCCCAUUGGCAGAUCAAAUUUAUAAAACAACCCUAUACCCUUUUUUGAACCCUAUCCCAUAAAAAUGGAUCAAAUCUUUCUUGGCCUUUGCCACAGGUUGUACAAUUUCAUCACGAAAUAUCUAGCAACAUAUGCCAGGAAAAGAGUAACAUUAGGCGAUGUUUCUCAUCAUACUUCAGCUCAGUUACCUUCUCCAGGUGCUGAAUCAGCUAUACCGAGCUCCCUGACUGACCAAGCAACACACCCCGUGGCUGAAGCAACACCAGUUGAAGACUCAAGUUUGCAGGCCAAAGUAGAGCCAGAACCAAUGUAUAAUCAUAGUGAAAGUGGAAUUCCUUCUGCAACAUCUGAUGAAGAGAAAAAUGAGGAUGUUAUUGAAGCAGCAACGUCUGAAGCUCGACCUCCAAAGAAAAUGGUUAGCAUAAAUGAUACAGUAGAGGAGAUGACUGCAACUGCAAGCAAGAAGAAAAGUAAGAAGAAAAAAAGAGCAGAAAAAAUGGGAUCAUUUGACCAAGAAAUAGAGGAACCAAAACCUUUGAAAUCGAUUCUUAAAGUAGGGUCUAAGAUAGAUUAUGAGGGCAACAGUUUGGAGUCUACCUGAAUUUACCUUGCUGGUAAUGUACUUUGUAAUGGUUCUUGAUUUGUGAAUAUCAUAUCAUAUCAAUUUGUGAA